ACUUGGUCAAGUGACAGUCGCGCUUCUACGCCUUGCAGUAAUCUGAAGUAUCGGCUGAGCUCGGAAAGUGCGCGACAAGUCAAAGGAGGAGAAUCAAAAUAAGGCAUACGUUUGUCAAAGUUCGACAGCGGUGGCAGACAAUUUUUCACCACCGUACAUUUCUCAUUUCUUAUUAUAAUAAAAUAACAAUUAAUUGUGGUCGAAAUUGCGAUAGUUGUUCCGCGUCGAUGUGCGUGAAAACAAUAACGAACUGAAAAUAAACUGAGAACUGUUGUUGUGUUUUUCUUUUUUCUUUUUUUUUUCAAAAUUUCCCAACUUUUCAACGAGGUUUCUUCGAUCACGAAGUACUGCCGCUGGUGCUGCUGUUGCGCUGAUCAAAUCGAUUGGACGGAUCGAAACAGCGGUCUGCAUAGGUGUGCAAGAUGAAAGGUAAACGGAUCGUGGAAGACCCGGUCACGGGUCCUCCAGUUCAUCAGCAGCAGAGAAACGGCGAGUUCAACUAUUCGCCAACCACGCCCGCUUGGAACAUCACCGACACAAUCGUGAAAUCGGAGUCGCCGGAGGAUACAAACAAUGACUCCGGGGUGUCUCCGGGUCACUACACGAGCAACUCGGUGUCACCAAGUAGUCGGAGUUCGUCUUCAAUGGCGAACGGAAGUCUGUCACCCGCGAGCGCGACGUCACAGGAUUCGAGCGCUACGCUGUACGAAUACAGCCCCCGGAGUGUAUCCAAUUCGAGUUAUUCCGCCGUUGGUUUUCCCCACGCCAAAGGCGCAAGGUCUUCCAAGUCGUCCGCCACCUACAAGCCCAAAACCAAGCAACGAAAGAAGAGCGCGCGGGCCAAGCAACCCGUUGACAUGGUGUCCAGCACCAUGAAACCCGAGAACGAUCAGCCACGCGUCAUGCAGUGCCCGAUUUGCCCCUUCGUCACCGUUAACAGAUUGCACUUCACCGAACACCUGACAACCCACUCUUCAUCGAAAUCCAGCACGCCGGAGGUUCCCAACACUUCGUCUUACGCACCCACGAGUUCAGUAUCCGAGAACGGUGCGCGAGCUUCUCCAAGUCAGGGCGAACGGUCCGAGCAAGAGUCUGAUGAGGUUGAAGAGCCAGGCAUGCGAGUGCCGCGAAUAAACUGCCAAGGCAAGGUGAAGACUUUCAGAUGCAAGCAGUGUAACUACGUGGCGAUAACGAAGCUCGAAUUUUGGGAUCACAGCAGGGGCCACAUUAAGGCCGAGAAGUUGCUGACCUGCCCGAAGUGUCCCUUCGUAACGGAGUACAAACACCACCUCGAGUAUCACCUCAGGAACCAUUUUGGCUCAAAGCCGUUCAAGUGCGACAAGUGCCCGUAUUCCUGUGUCAACAAGUCGAUGCUCAACAGCCAUCUCAAGUCCCACUCAAACAUCUAUCAGUACCGAUGCGCCGAGUGUUCAUACGCCAGUAAGUACUGCCACUCGCUGAAGCUCCACCUGCGAAAGUAUGCCCACCAACCGGCAAUGGUUCUGAACCCUGACGGUUCUCCGAAUCCGCUGCCCAUAAUCGAUAUCUACGGAACUAGACGUGGACCGAAGCAGAAGGCUUCGAAAACGGCGGGCAGCUCUGGGAAGAAAAUGGCCGGCGUAAGCUCAGCACAGAUUCAGGUAAAUCCGUUCGUCGUUGAGCAACAUCGUCAUCAGCAGGUGCAGAUGGGACUGCAGCAAUUGAAUUACGGGCAGUUGCUCUCGGCUGUUAAUCUGCCGGUCAACUUCCUCCAGCAGUUCCACGGCAACAAAAACGAGAUGCUGAAAUCGGAGGGGUUAAAAACCUUCGAAUUUUUCGCCCGGGACAACCAGCAAAAUUUCGGAGCUCAGAGGGACGCGAUGGUGAUCUCACCGAGCAGUUCUUCCGCCGGGAGUUCUACUAGCCCCGAGCCUCCGGCGGAAGAGGCUCCUCUGGAUCUCAGCAAACCGGAAGUGGCACAGAGUUCAAAGACAAAGCCUGCCAAAAACGGACGCACCAGCAGGCGCAAGGGGAAGGCCUUUAAAUUGGACAAAUUGAUGGUCGCUGACGAGUCGGACGGAGAGUCUUCCGACUCCGUUUCAAAUCCUGCGAUCGAAUCGCCAGUAGAUCCGAUUCUCAACGCUCAGCAGCCGAUGGUCAGUCAGGAAAACACUUUAGGUGGCGCUGCUUUGGAAUGCUAUUGCCCGUAUUGCGAACUCGGCUUUGGCAAUGUCGUUAUGUACACGGUGCACAUGAGAUAUCAUGGUUACAAGAAUCCCUACGAGUGCAACAUGUGCGGAUACGAAUGCUUCGACAAGGUGUCGUUCUUUUUGCACAUCGCGAAGUCUUCCCACUUAUAAAUGUCGCUCGAAAUCAUUGCCUUCUCUUCUCGAAUGUUCCUUUUUUUUUUUUUUUUUAUUCCGUUCCAUUUUCAUUUGAAUUUUUUUUUCUUUCUUCUUCCAUUUGUUUAUUUACUGUCGCGUGUAUCUAAUCAGAGCAAGUUUCGUGUGUGAAUGUUAAUU